AUCUAAUUAAAAUUUCCUUUAACAACGAGACGAAGAAGAAGGGGGAUGCUCCGGAAAACCCUAAGCGACGAGAUCUCGCGCGAGUGAAGGCUGUCCGGCGGUGAAAUUCGCGCCGGUGAUAAAUAAGAACUCGCUUUACAGGGGCUGUUUGGUGGAUUUGAGCAGGAUUAAAACGGAACUCUUCUCCUUCACACUCCUUCACAUACUGUUAGUGUCGUCUAUGCUACACCAGUUUGUUCCCGUGCUGACUCCCUCGUUUCUUUUUCAUCAAUGGGAAUUUGAGGGACGCGAAUCUGACGGCUAAAGACAAGAUCUUCUCUGCGGCUCUUCUCCCAAAUUCCAAAGCCUUGAAAGGGCUAAGCUUCACGCAAUCUCUUAAAGCCCAAAUGACACCUGAGCUGAAUACUCAUGCCACAAGUUCAAAGGUGGAAAGAACCAUAAGCUAUGGUUAGGGAGAAAGAUGUAUGUUGGGAAUAUUGUGAGAGGUUAGAAGGAAAUAAGGUUAGAUGCAAAUUCUGCCUUAAAAUUUUAAACGGUGGCAUUAGUAGAUUGAAGUUCCAUUUGUCUCGGCUUCCUAGUAAAGGUGUUCAUCCCUGUAGCAAGGUGAGAGAUGAGGUCACGGAUAGGGUGAAAGCUAUCAUAGCAAUGAAAGAGGAGGGAAGAGAAGCUGCUACUGCUAAAAAGCAACGACUUGGUGAAGCCAAGUCAUCUGGAAUGUUAUCCAGUUCAAAGAUUCUUAUGCAAAUGGAUACCACAAACCCUAUGGGAAAACUUUUUCCUUCUGGCAUAAUAGCUAGGCCACAGUCCCCUAUCGAUAUUGAGCGAUGCAUAGCUGAGUUCUUUUUUGAAAAUAAGCUAGAUUUCAGUGUCGUUCAUUCAUCUUCAUAUCACCUUAUGCUUGAGGCUCUUGGUGGCCCAGGUUUUAGAGGCCCAACGGUCGAUGCUUUGAGAACCACCUGGUUGCCGAAGCUCAAAUCUGAAAUAACCUUGCAAAUAAAAGAGAUAGAAAAAGAUUGGGCCAGUACUGGUUGUACAAUCAUAGCUGAUACAUGGACAGAUAACAAAUCGAAAGCAUUGAUAAAUUUCUAUGUGUCAUAUCCGCUGGGAACAUUCUUCCAUAAAUCAGUUGAUGCCUCCACGUACUUCAAGAAUACCAGAUGCCUCUGUGAUCUAUUCGAUUCCAUUAUUCAGGAUUUUGGCCAUGAAAAUGUUGUUCAAGUGAUCAUGGACAAUUCUUUGAAUUGCGUUGCUGUAGGAAAUCACAUCAUGCAAUCUUACGGUUCAAUAUUCUGGUCUCCUUGUGCUUCCCACUGCUUGAAUCUUAUCUUGGAAGACUUCUCUAGGAUUGAUUGGGUCAACAGAUGCAUUCUACAGGCACAAACUGUAACUAGAUUUAUUUAUAACAACACUUGGGUUCUUGAAUUAAUGAGAAAGUUCACUGGAAGUCAGGAGCUUGUUCGCAGUGGCAUCACAAAGUCCACAUCUAACUUUCUUACUUUACAAUCAAUGCUGAGACAGAAAUCAAGAUUAAAGCACAUGUUCAGUAGCCCAGAGUACUCGACCUCAUCAUAUUCAAAUAGAUCUCCUAGUUUGUCUUGCAUUGAUAUUCUUGAAGACAUUGAAUUCUGGAGAGCAGUAGAAGAGAUUGCAAGUGUGUCUGAACCUCUCUUGAAAGUUUUAAGGGAUGUUUCCGGUGGGAAGCCUGCAGUUGGAUCUAUAUAUGAAUCAAUGACGAGGGCCAAGGAAUCCAUUAGGACUUACUACAUAAUGGAUGAAGUUAAAUGCAAGACGUUCCUUGACAUAGUUGACAGAAGGUGGCAGAGUCAGCUCCAUUCACCACUUCAUGCCGCUGCUGCAUUUUUAAAUCCUAGCAUCCAAUACAAUCCCGAAGUUAAAUUUCUCGGGAUCAUUAAAGAAGAUUUUUUUGCCGUACUGGAGAAGCUACUUCCAACCUCUGAUAUGCGACAAGAUCUCACUGCACAGAUCUGUAUGUUUAGGAAAGCACAAGGGAUGUUUGGAUCCAAUCUAGCAAAAGAGGCUCGCAAUAACAGCGCACCUGGGAUGUGGUGGGAACAAUAUGGUGAUUCUGCACCAAGUUUACAAAGAGUUGCAGUCAGAAUACUUAACCAAGUUUGCAGUGCUUUAAUCUUUGAUAGAAACUGGACCAACAUUCAACAGUUUCACUCUGAGAAGCGCAAUAAACUUGACAAAGAGACACUUAAUGAUCUUUUAUAUGUUCACUACAAUCUGAAGCUGAAGACAAAAGCUAGAUCUUCAGAAGUUGAUCCAAUUAUGCUUGAUGACAUUGAUAUGACUUCAGAGUGGGUGGAAGAAAUAGAGAACCCGGCCCCAACCCAAUGGCUCGAUCGGUUUAGUUCUCCUCUUGAUGGUGGUGAUUUGAAUACAAGACAGUUCAGUAAUUCUAUUUUUGGUCCAAAUGAUCACUUAUUUAAUUUGUGAUGGUAAGCUAGUAGAACUUCUAUCUUUAGAUUAAUUGAUAAGUCUACAAGCUUGCAGCCUUGCAAUGUCCAGUUGUAAAUAUUUUGUUAUCCCUACAGUAUAGAAAGUGCUCAAGAAUAUUUUAUUUAUAUGUUCUGGAGGAAGUGCUCAAGAAUGUUUUCGAGGGAA